UAAUAAACCUGAGCCACCCCGCCCACUCUGAAAGCACUCAUUUUAACAAGAAAUUUCACGUCAGCGGAGUCAGUGAUAACAAACCCGAUGCUGUGCAGAAUCCAGCGCAAUAACCAGCACAGUUUGGGCUGCAGUUGUCUGGUUUUACUCUCCUGGUCGUGCACGGCCCGGGGGCCUGGCUUGGGUUGAACUCGGCGCUGGAAAGUGUGUCAGUGGGGCAGAGGGAGAGCCCGGGGCGGGGGUGGGAGGAGGAGGAGCCGGCAUUAACUGGGUCACACGCCUCACCCACAGCAGCAGCAGCAGCAGCAGCAGCAAACCACCCCCCCCCCCCCCUCCACCCUACCCCCAGGUCGCCUCGCCGUCCGACCGUGAGGGAAGGCACGGCCGCCCGCCCGCCACACUAGGAGGGCGGGAAGGAGGGGAGCCGUCGACGGCCGGCGCUGAGGGGAGGCAGGAUCCCACUCCCCUCCCCUCCCCUCACCUCACACACCGGGCGGAGGAUCUCUCCCCUCCUCAUGGAAAUGGACGGCAGCGGCGCAGGUGGUGUCAUUACAUACAUCAGUUCGAGCUCCAGUUGUAGUCCAUCCUCCUAUCAUAGUGAUAGUUCUGAGAACAGUUUCCAGUCAACCUCAUCUCCAGUUCCGUCCUCACCCAACAGCUUUGUUUCUGAUAAUCAUAUCAACCUCAGUGACAUGCUUUCUGAAAACUGUAGUCUGAAACCAGGAAGUUCCAACAAUGCUCAGCUUGUGUGUUCUGCCAAAAGGGAUGGAUCGAGCUCGGGUGCCGUGAACAAAAGUACCAGUAGCAUCACUAAAAUAAAUGGGAUGAUCCUACUGUGUAAAGUCUGUGGAGAUAUGGCAUCAGGAUUCCACUAUGGUGUCCAUGCAUGUGAAGGUUGCAAGGGAUUUUUCAGAAGGAGCAUUCAGCAGAAUAUUCAGUACAAGAAAUGCCUGAAAAAUGAGAACUGUUCCAUAAUGAGGAUGAAUAGGAACCGGUGUCAACAGUGUCGCUUUAAGAAAUGUCUGGCUGUGGGCAUGUCCCGAGAUGCUGUUCGAUUUGGACGCAUUCCUAAGCGUGAGAAGCAGAGAAUGUUGAUUGAAAUGCAAAGUGCAAUGAAAAACAUGGUGAAUAAUCAGCUGAAUGGUUACGUGCAGUCGGAUGUAUCAUGUGAGGAAAGUUCCUCUCCGCUGCAGACUGAGAUACCUCAGAAUGGAGAGGAUGAAGUAAUCGGUACAGUGUCAAGAGCCCUCAAAGAAACUUUCUCGAGUACCCAAGAGAAGCCAGACAAAAUGCUGAAAGUGAUGCAGCUUCAGAAUUCAGAAAAUUCUCAGAGAAAUGUAGGUGACAAGUGGGUGACUGGACAUCCAAUAAGUGGGGUUAAUGAAAUCCACUGUUUCAAUAAUGUAAAUCAUGACAAAGUCUGCAUCACGAAUAAGAUUAAUAAGCAUAUAGUUUGUCCAGAUGGUCGCACAGAGAGAGUGAGCAGGCAGUGUCACUCUGUUCCCAGUGGAUAUAUGCAAAAAGUAUUCGCAGAAGAUGGGUUUUCUCGAAGCAGUGACCCAAAUAAACACUCCUGGGCCACAGAGAGGAGAACGCAUCUGGUGUGCCCAAUGAGUAUGUCCCCUUAUGUAAAUCCUGAUAAAUCGGAGCAGGAAAUCUGGGAAGAAUUUUCCAUGAGCUUUACCCCUGCAGUUAGAGAGGUGGUAGAGUUUGCAAAACGUAUUCCAGGAUUCCAAGAUUUAUCACAGCAUGACCAAGUUAGUUUGCUUAAAGCUGGAACAUUUGAGGUGUUAAUGGUGCGUUUUGCAGCUCUCUUUGAUGUCCAUGACCGGACAGUCACAUUUCUGAGUGGAAAGAGUUACGGGAUGGAAGAGCUGCAAUUGCUGGGGGCUGGAGAUCUGUUGAUAUCCAUGUUUGAGUUUAGUGAAAAACUCAGUGCCCUGCGUCUUGGUGAGGAGGAGAUGAGCUUAUUCACAGCAGUUGUCCUGGUGUCAGCUGAUCGAUCAGGAAUAAAAAAUGUUAACUCAGUGGAGCAGUUGCAAGAAACUCUAAUUCGAGCACUCCGAACCUUAAUUAUGAAAAAUCACCCAAAUGAAUCUUCAAUCUUUACAAAACUCCUGCUGAAAUUACCUGACCUGCGUUCUCUUAACAAUAUGCAUUCAGAAGAACUGUUGGCCUUCAAAAUUCACCCUUGAAUUUAUGAACCAUUCUCUACAUUUUGUUUUUAUCCUGUUGAUAUCAUAUAUUUUGUGGAUGAGUGUACAUUAUUUAUGUAUAUAGAAAUUUGCAUUUUCUCCUGCAUUAUUUUUGAGCUACAAAAGGAGUAAUAUAAUCAAAUAACAAAAAUAGAACUAUACAGAUAUUAAAGUAUAUUUUAAGAUUUUAACAUGGAUGUAACUUGAGACCAUUGAAAAUGUAUAGAUAUAAUUCUGAGUUUAAAAUUUACUGAUCAAGGUGACUUAAUUUUUUUUGCCUCCAUUGUAAAUUGGUACUUGGUAAUAAUGGGAAAAGAUGUUUUUUUUCUAAAUCUUAGCGCUCUUACAAGUUCCUCUGUAUGGUGCUGUGCCUUGAUAUCAAUGGGAUCACAGGAUCGCAGUUAAAUGAACCUGUACUGCUUGAUCUAACUUAUUAUUGAUUUAAAAAAGAACAUUUUUUACAGCCUAGCAGUAACUUGUGGAGUUCGUGAUCAAUGUGCACCUUUCUUACCGAUGACUCUUUAUUGUUUGAAAGUCAACUUGAAACAUGAGGAAAAUACUGCAACCAGCAUGUUUGUGUGUCUUGUCUUCGAAUGCUGCAUCUAGAAUUAACAAUGUUAGCUAAUGUACUUAUAAUGCAACUGUUACUGUACCUGAGUAACAACUUAAUAUUGUCUUCUGACUACUGUAAAAUGUGCUUUUUGUUUAAUGACUCUUUGAAUGUGAAUGAGUGCAGUAAAGUCAAUGCUUGAAAUGCA